AUGGAUUUGAAUUCAAAUGCAGAUUUUCCCUCUAACAUUUCAACAGAGUUGAUUCAAUUGAAAAGGGAGUAAGUGAGGAAUUCCCAGAGGAAAGAAGACAUCCAAAACAAAUUGUUACAAAAAAGACAACAAUACAUCUAUUAAUAUGAAUAGUUGUAUCUAAAAUAAUAGGAACUCAGAAAAGAGGAACUUGCCUUAGUAUUCAACAAAUCGGUUGAAUAAGUCAAUGAUCACUUUUAUUUGAACGAAGUGACAGCCGCUCUGGAAAUCAUGGUCAAUUUGGAAUCCAAACUUGAGAAUCUCACAGAUAUCCCUGAACAAUUCUGUGUUAGCUCAUUUACAAAUGUUCUGAACCAAUUAGUGGCUCAAUUGUCAUCCAACAAUCAAUUAGAGUUCUACCUUUUAACUCUAUCCUUUGACUCCAUCAAUAUCUCCCUCUUUCCUUAAGAGUAAUCAGUCAUGAGUGACUAUCACUCCAAGACUCUGGAGUUGCUGAAAAAGGAGAGACACAGACACGCUUAACAUUUCCUUAUCAAACUAUAUUAAAAUAGUCCAUUGUGGUUUGAGGCACUCCUCUUCUAAGAGUUCUUCUAACUCAAUAAGAAAUUAUUUGAACUUCUACUCAAACACAUUGAUAACUAAACUGUUUGGGUCAUCCUGUCCUAAUUGAAAUUCGUUCCUUAUGACAACCUCAUAUUUUCAACCAUACUCAAAAACAUCUCAAAGAAAAAUGCCUUUCAACUCUUGAGAAAGACGCUGUGUCAGGAGGAGUACCAAUUAAAAUACAUCCAAGCUAAUAUCUUCUAUCUGUUUACUCAGGUAUUAUAAUAAUCAGAUGAUAAACAAUACUUCUUAAAUGAAGUUAUAGAUUGCAUCCUUAGUCUUUGCUGUCUUAAAUUUGAAUUGUUCGAGAAAGUCAUUACUUCCGGUUUGGCCCUUGUCAUAUCUGCUUAAUCGAUUAAGGAUUUCACUAAUGAAGGAGUCUAAAACUUACAAAGGAUUGUCUACUGGAUGUGCAGCAGUAAGAGCGAAUUAUUGAAGAGGAACAUUAAAGAAGGAAUAUGGUUUUAGAAUAUUUUCUUAAUCUUAAUGCAAUAGUAAUUGAAUCAUGUAGUCUAAAUUAAUACUUUGGAUAUAUUGAAAUAAUAGUUUAAAUCUGAUUUAGGUUGUCAUUUCAAAGAGUUUUUCAGAACUACAUAUCAAGUGCCAGAUAACAUAUAAACAUUGAUCGAAAGAUACUUAUGA